GAAAAAGAGCCGGUUAGGACUUCCCCAAAACUUGUGGGAACUCCGGGCUGCGCGUACGGCAGGAGCGGAGCGGAGCGGAGCGCAGCGGCGGCGGCUGCCGGGAGAUGCGAGAGCAAACCCGACCGUGAUCACCUUUCCCUCUCCGGGCUGUAAGGGAGCGAGACAGGCCACCGCAGCGAGGCCACGCCGGAGCCGGCAGCGGCAGGACCCGGGACCCCAGAGCAGCCCCGAGCCACCCGAGACGGAGCACACGCUCCAGGUGAUCGAGUCCACGUCGCUCCCCGCAAGCGACAGGCGACACCCCCGCGCAGCCCCGCCACUCGCUCUGUCCUCCAGGGACAAACUUUUCUCCAAGCCCUUGGACCAAACUUGUCCGCGCGUCACCGUCGCCCAGCGGGGUCCGCGCAGAGCGCUCAUCUUCGGCGAGAUGGCUGAGCGCAAAGAAGGCAGAGGCAAGGGGAAAGGCAAGAAGAAGGAGCGGGGAUCCCGCGGGAAGCCCGCGACCAGCGAGGGCGACCCCAGCCCAGCAUUGCCUCCCAGAUUGAAAGAGAUGAAGAGCCAGGAGUCAGCUGCGGGCUCCAAACUCGUACUUCGAUGUGAAACCAGUUCUGAAUACUCUUCACUCAGAUUCAAAUGGUUCAAGAAUGGGAAUGAGCUGAACCGAAAAAAUAAACCACAGAACAUCAAGAUACAGAAAAAGCCGGGGAAGUCAGAACUUCGAAUUAACAAAGCAUCGCUGGCCGACUCUGGGGAGUAUAUGUGCAAAGUGAUCAGCAAGUUAGGAAAUGACAGCGCUUCUGCCAACAUCACCAUUGUUGACUCAAAUGAGCUCACCACUGGCAUGCCAGCCUCAACUGAAAGAGCAUAUGUGUCCUCAGAGUCUCCCAUUAGAAUAUCGGUAUCAACAGAAGGCGCAAAUACUUCUUCCUCCACAUCUACAUCCACAACUGGAACCAGCCAUCUUGUAAAAUGUGUUGAGGAUGAGAAAACUUUCUGUGUAAAUGGAGGCCAGUGCUUUAUGGUGAAAGACCUGUCAAACCCUCCAAGAUACUUGUGCAAGUGCCCAAAUGAGUUUACUGGUGAUCGUUGCCAAAACUACGUAAUGGCCAACUUCUACAAGCAUCUUGGGAUUGAAUUUAUGGAAGCGGAGGAACUCUACCAGAAGAGAGUGCUGACAAUUACUGGCAUCUGUAUCGCCCUGCUGGUGGUCGGCAUCAUGUGUGUGGUGGCCUACUGCAAAACCAAGAAACAGCGGCAAAAACUUCAUGACCGGCUUCGGCAGAGCCUUCGAUCAGAACGGAACAACAUGGCGAACAUAGCCAAUGGGCCUCACCAUCCAAACCCACAACCAGAGAACGUGCAGCUGGUGAACCAAUAUGUAUCUAAAAACGUCAUCUCCAGUGAGCACGUUGUUGAAAGAGAAGUGGAGACAUCCUUUUCCACCAGUCAUUACACUUCCACAGCUCAUCACUCCACAACUGUCACCCAGACUCCUAGUCACAGCUGGAGUAAUGGGCACACAGAAAGCAUCAUUUCAGAAAGCCACUCCGUGAUCAUGAUGUCAUCAGUAGAAAACAGUAGGCACAGCAGCCCAGCUGGGGGCCCACGAGGACGUCUUCAUGGCCUGGGAGGCCCUCGAGAGUGUAACAGCUUCCUCAGGCAUGCCAGAGAAACCCCUGACUCCUACCGAGACUCUCCUCAUAGUGAAAGGUAUGUAUCAGCCAUGACCACCCCGGCUCGUAUGUCACCUGUAGAUUUCCACACGCCAAGCUCCCCUAAAUCGCCCCCUUCGGAAAUGUCUCCACCUGUGUCCAGCAUGACGGUGUCCAUGCCCUCCAUGGCAGUCAGCCCAUUUGUGGAAGAAGAGAGGCCUCUGCUUCUUGUGACGCCACCAAGGCUACGGGAGAAGAAGUAUGAUCACCACCCCCAGCAACUCAACUCCUUUCAUCACAACCCUGCACAUCAGAGUACCAGCCUCCCCCCUAGCCCAUUGAGGAUAGUGGAGGAUGAGGAGUAUGAAACGACCCAGGAGUAUGAGCCAGUUCAAGAGCCUCUUAAGAAACUCACCAACAGCCGGCGGCCCAAAAGAACCAAGCCCAAUGGCCACAUUGCCAAUAGAUUGGAAAUGGACAGCAACACAAGUUCUGUGAGCACUAACUCAGAGAGUGAAACAGAAGAUGAAAGAGUCGGUGAAGACACACCUUUCCUGGGCAUACAGAACCCCCUGGCAGCCAGUCUUGAGGCAGCCCCUGCCUUCCGUCUGGCUGAUAGCAGGACUAACCCAGCAGGCCGCUUCUCCACACAGGAAGAAUUACAGGCCAGGCUGUCUAGUGUAAUUGCAAACCAAGACCCUAUUGCUGUAUAAAACCUAAAUAAACACAUAGAUUCACCUGUAAAACUUUAUUUUAUAUAAUAAAGUAUUUCACCUUAAAUUAAACAAUUUAUUUUAUUUUAGCAGUUCUGCAAAUAGAAAACAGGAAGAAAAAAACUUUUAUAAAUUAAAUAUAUGUAUGUAAAAAUGUGUUAUGUGCCAUAUGUAGCAAUUUUUUACAAUAUUUCAAAAAAACGAGAAAGAUAUCAAUGGUGCCUUUAUGUUAUGUUAUGUCGAGAGCAAGUUUUAUACAGUUACAGUGAUUGCAUUUUCACAGUAUUUCAGCAAAACCUCCCACAUAUUCAGUUUUUGCUGGCUUCUUGUGCAUUGCAUUCUGAUGUUGACUGGAUGUAUGAUUUGCAAGGCUAGCAGCUGUCCCUCUCUUUGCUUCCAGUACCCCCCCAACCAGUACUGUCUUGAAAUGGCACAUCCAUCCAAAUACUCUUCUACUCUGUAUGAAGUUUUCUUUGCUUUCCCAAUAUGAAAUGAGUUCUCUCUACUCUGUCAGCCAAAGGUUUGCUUCAUUGGGCUCUGAGAUAAUAGUAGACCCAACAGCAUGCUACUAUUACAUAUACCAGGAAACUGCGCUAAGUAAUGUUAAAUAUUAGGAAGAAAGUAAUACUGUGAUUUUUAAAACAAACUAUAUUAUUAAUCAGAAGACAGCUUGCUCUUGCUAAAAGGAGCUACCAUUGACUUUAGUUUUAACUUUUUAAUUAUUGUUGUUCUUGACAAAGAGUAACAGCUUCGAGUACAGCUUAGAGAAUGGGUUUUGGCUUGCUAUCAGGAUAAAUCUAUCAACUUAGAAAAGACUCAGUUUUCCUUUCUCUUCACGGGGAAUGAUCCAACAGCUCAUCUGUUGACCAAUCAACCACAGCUGCUAAAGGUGCAAUCGUUUCUUACGUAUUUCUUUUAACUGACUGGUUGUGCCCUCUUCUUGGCUCCAGAAGAGGGACUUUGUGUCAUGAAGCCUCAGCCCCAAGAGUACACUCCAUCGUCUGUCCUAACCACUUAUAGAGUACAAUGUGCCUGUGGUGCAUAGCGGUGACUGGCCAUUGCAGGAAAAUGUUCCCCUGGUAGAAUGUUUAGAAGAAGUGAGUGUGUAGAAGUCACAAGGGGAAAGCAGCUGUCUUACCCAGUUGACAUCUUCAUGUUUGGUUGACCCCUCCUUUCUUCCCUUUAUGUUUCUCUUGUGUGCAACAUGGCCUUGACUGAGUCAUAACUAUGCAUGAAUAUUUUUUUUUUUUGCCAGGAAUGGCCAAUGUGCAUGUGAUUUGUGAUUAAUAAGAACUUUCCCCGGUGAUGCCUCACUAGGGAUUGUCAAAAGCGUUGAGAAGAUUGCACCUUUUCUUGCAGAAGUGACCCCCCCCAACCUGUGGACUGAUCUCUCUCCAUCAACAGCCUGUCUCUUCCAUUCCUCCUCUCUAAGUAAUUUUUCCCAUACUGUCUCAGAAGCAGAACUAAGAUUGCUUUAAAUUUUAUAUGUGCCCUUGUGAUUGUAAAGUCAGUGAACGCAUAAAGAUUUAAUAUUUGAACAACUGCUAAUACAGGGAGGGGGAAACAAAGCGUGGGGGAGGAGGAAUAACCCCUCAGCACCCUUUGUAUUCCCUGCCUGUUAUCUGUCAAUCAGGACUGGAACUUUCUGAGUUUCUAAGUAGGAAUUACACAGCAAAAUGGAAAACAGUUGCACAGGGGAUUGACCGUGCCAGUGGCAAUUAUUGAUUCUUGUUCUCAGUUGAACAGAAUCUGUUUCCUUUACCACAUCUUUGUUCUAAGUCAAGGGAAGUAAUAACACUGGACUGGGUCUUAGAGGAAGACUGCAGGCUGGCCACACGUCAGCUGUUCUUCCUCCAUGUUUUAAGAGGCCCUUGAAGUCACUAUUUGAUGUCUCAUGUUUCUUGCCGUUGUUCUCAGGACAGUUUCUCUGUGCUCAGACUGUUGUCCCCAUUUGCGUUUGAGCCCACGUAGAGGAGUGCCUGCUGGUGAAAAGCCUUGCACUGCCUUCCCAGUGCUACAGACGGUGGUCAGCUCACCAUGGGGGAAAAAAGCCACCAAGCUUCUUUAAGUUGCUUAACAUUGACUUUGAAGGCUUUGACUCGCCUCUCAUUCAAUAACAACAUUUCCCUAUUGUUAUUUUAAAACCCUAAAAAUUCAGUUCCAGAUUUGUUCAUCACCAGGGUAUUAAGAAAUUCCCUUCAGGAAAAGACUACCCUGAUAAGAGCAAUUAAGAAAAAAAAAAAAAAAAAAAAAAGCAGCAUUUUGCUGGCAUGAGAAGCUCUAUAAAUUUUCAAAUUGCAAAUAUAUAUGAUUGUUUUUCUUCUGUGCUUUAUCUGGCAACCCAUACUUUGUCAUAUUGGUUGAGAAAGCCUUUUUCCCCUGACAAGAAAGCUUCAUUGAGAAGAGUCACUUGGCUGCUCAGGGCAACCUGUUGUAGCCUCUAGAUUUAUGUUUCUAGGGACGCUCUACAAUGCUUCACUGCCGGGCCUCUCUCUCAACCAUCCUGUUUAUAAAUCUGGGCAGAGCUGUAGCAAUGGGAUGCACACCUGUGGUCCUGGCACAUGGGAAGAUGCCGUGCAUUUUAAGGGAGUACAAACUACUCAGAAUUUAAUAACAACUGUGUUUCCUGGGUCUGAAAUCAAAACUACCACGAGUUACACAGCGGGGUAUAAUUGACACCAAACUCCGUUUGUACUUACUCAAGAUUUGUUUUCUGUCCUGCUUUCCCAUCCUUUCAUCCUCCUACCCUCAAGAGUGCCUGGUGGACAGCCUUCUGCUUUCACAAAAUGGUCCUCCGUGUAAGAGAGAAUGUAUCUCAAGCAGCAAUAUGCCAUCUCUUUCCUGUUUCUGUGUGACUGUCAAUAUAGGUAGAGUCUAUCCAGGGUAACUUUCUCUGUAUCUAUUUCUCUUUUGGCCUGAGGUUGAUGAUAUAUGGCUCCAAGUAGUGAUAAGGAAGAUCUGGCCUUCCCUUUUAGUCCUGGCUGCAUUCCAGCAGCUGCAGAGAUUUCCAUCCACUAAAAUCCCUGAAACACUAUGGAGGAAUGCAGACAAAAGGAAAUGGCCACACAUCACCAUUUCUAUUAUAUAUUCUUUUGUAAAUACACAUUGUAUAGUACUUGGAUGUUUCCUUAAGUCAUUUACUGUCUUUAUGAGUUAAUGUUAGUUUUUACUCUCUAAACUUACUGUAUAACAUUGUAAAUAACAUAAUGUCCUUUAUUAUUUAUAUUUAAGCAUCUAACAUAGAGAAUUGUUUUCAUAUAAGUUUAAAACAAAUGUUUAAAAUAUAUGUUUUUUUCCUUUACUUUAAAAUUAUGUACCUUUUCUUUUUCCAUUUUUAAAGAAUAAUUUAUUGUUCAGGAGAAAGAAUAUAUAUGUAAUUGAAACUAUUUGAAGAAUGCACAUUUGAAGGCCAUGAGGUACUGAUAACUAAAGAAUUUAUUAUCUCAAAUAUUAAGCAAUAAGUAAUUGUGAUUUAUUUAAAGUUUUGUUCAUUUUCCAAGAAAGUCAUACUGCAAUAAAAAAUGCUACUCUGUGGAGACGUGGGCGUGCUGCUCGGCAGACUACCACAGGAGUCUGUUAGAGCAGCACUUUUCAUCUUGCCAUGACAGCUAUGCUAUCUAGGACUGUGCUUCAUGGACCCCAUGAACAUCUUGUUUGUGUUGCUUUUGCCACAUUGCCCAUCCCUGAGUCGCCUUCCUCCUGACUCUGUUUACCACCUCACUCCUUGCUGUAGGAAUCACAUAUGCAAUAGGAGGCUCCAUUCCAUAGCCACCAAACUUCUAUUCACAAAGACAGCAGAGGGAAACACUGCAUAACUUUCUGGAUCCUGAUGGUUGAUACAUUCUGCAGUGACACCAAGACACUUACUUAGAUUAGUGGCAAUGACUAUGUGCCAAUCCUAUGCAAUCAUAAAAGGGGAAGAAGAAAAAAACUAUCAUGUUUCAAAUGGUUCAAUGGCCACAGUAGCUUCAAAGACAUCUAUGCUGAACUCCCCUACAAUGUCUUUAAAUUUAUUUCCCUUCAUGCACACCAUUGUAUAAGAAGGCUAAGGAGCAAUGAUUUUAUGCUCCUCACUCUACCGAUAAUACAAAUCAAACUGAUGCCCAAAGUACUGCUCAGGGAGGGGCCUAUGCACGAAAUAUUCCUCACAUUCUAAGACUCAUCAUAGAAUGACGAUAGUGCUUUUUUUAUUAAAAUUAACCUUAUGAAGCCAUAUUUUAACAAAUAGAUAUUUUGUGUGUAAUUUUUAUAUAUCUUGAGCAUUCUACUCAUUAUCUCAGACAGAUGGAGAGCAUUUAAAGAAUGUGUAAUAAGUUUUCAUGCUUUGGAGUUUGAGAAUAACCUGAGAUUUUUUCCAUCAAAGUUCACCUUCACAUGUAGACACAAUUCUCAGUAACUCACAAUAGUGCCAUUUAACAUCAUUUCCAAGCAGUCUAGAUGUUCAGGAGACUUAAGAAAUUCUGAAGCCACAGAGCGAAUGAAUCUUCCCACUCGUCACUCAGCUGAAAGGCCAAGCAUCAUGUCAGAAGGUGAAGAACAUGGGACUGUCUCCUCAGUUUAUACCGUAGAUUUGCCCACCCCAUACUAAAAGCUGUCAACAACAAUGUCAGUAAGUUAGCUUCAGAAGAGUAUUGAAGAAAGGUAGUGUAGAAAAAUGUAAAAUAACUUUUAGUCAAAUAAGAGUGUAGAUCAUUACUAUUAUUCUCUUGGGUGUUUGACUCUUGGGUGAGAAAUAUAGGCCAGGUCUGCAAACUAGGAAGACAUCUGUUUUUCCCAACCAGUCUGCAGAAAAUUUCUCUUCUCUGCUCCAGUGAUGAAUCAUCAAAGGACUUAAUGUCAGGAAUUGACUUGGGAAUAAGUCAAGCUGGGCUGCAAUCUAAACACUUAAGAUACUAAAAGGAAUGGAGCAUCAGUUGAUCUUAACAUCAUGUUGCUCUCUCUCUCUCUCUCUUUCUCUGGAUACUUUUCCCAAAACUGGUACAUUAAAAAACAAUUUUCAGAGACUAUUACUUCAAAAGAUUAAUUUGGUAGAAACAGGGAGCUUUGUACCUGUGAAGGGAAAACGUUUCUGUUGGAUUAGGAAGCUGAGUAUUGUACAGUGGAAGGAGUUGUUCAAGAGGGAAGUACACGCUCUGGACACCUGCAGGACUUACUGACAUCCUCAUCCUGCAGCUUCUGCCCCUCUCUGGUUAGUUAUUGGUUUUCUUAAACUGUGCUUGAACUUAAAAGCAUAUCUACAAUAGCUAAAGGAUUUUGUUACUAUAAAAUAUCAUGACCUUUUUAUAAAAAGAAUGGGAGAGAGUGGAAUGACAGUUCAACCCAGCCUUUUCUAAACUUCCUCUUUCAAAUGGACUUACAGGAACAGAAAUUUAUGGUGGAAAAGAUAACUCUGCCUAUUAACCAAUGUUCCAAAAAGGCUAAAAAAAAUUAACCAUCUUUAAUGCCUUAUGUAUAAAUCUACUCACAUGUAAAGAGUCAAAAGACUAGAUAAUAUUUUACACAGUUUAUGACUAAAAAUACCCUGCAUGUUUUUUAUUUGCUUCAUGCCAGGAAAAAAAAAUGGUGACGAUUUAGGCCAAGAGAAGUUAGAACUCAUUCUCAAAGUAAUGUAUCUACUGAGUUAGAGAAUGUUGUUAAGACCCUUUCAGUUCCUCCCCUGGCACUGGCCUACAUUCAGUGAGCAGAUCUGUUAACAUAAUGUGAGUUAUAUCAAAAUCAGCUGUUAUUUUGGAGAAAUGAGCCUUCCUGCCUUUGGUUUUCAGAAAAUCUGGAACCCUGUUUGCUUCAUAGAACAACUCCAUACCUGGUCCUUAACCUCAGCUUUCUAAGAAAAUGCAAGUAUAGCCAUGGAAAUGAACUUGCAAUUUUGAUGUGUAGGUGGCAAAUUCUAAUAAAAGAAGAGGGCUUUGUGGUAAGAAUAAUGUCCCUAAGACUAAAACUUUAUGAACUUGGGCAGGUUUCUCCUGUUGCCCUCCUUACUAAUGGGACUGUGGUUCUGUGAGGUUUAACUGGAAACUAGAAAGGAAACUAGAAAAUGUCUAUUUCUUAGUCGGCAUUCAUAUGGCUUCCUUUACUCCUACUCCAGAUCCUUAAGUUUGGAGAUUUAAGUUUCUCUGUUCCAAAUCAAGUAGACUAUAUUGCAUGAGCUGACCAGAUAAACCAUUUCACCAAUCCCAUGUCAAUGUAUGUUGAGGCGCAGCAUCACCAACUAACACUUAACGGAACAGUUUUAGAAACUAAAAUCUUAGUGUAUUUUAUAACUAGUUGACUUCUUGUGUAAUAAUAUGAAAUCAUAGACAUGUUAUUCCAUGUCUGUUCAUUAAUUUUUAACAGAUUAUGAGCAUCUCUGGAUAUAAGUUCACGGAAAAUCAAUGAAACAUGGCUCAUUGUGCUACCUUCAAACUCCAAGUUCUCCAGGGUGACAAAACUAGAACAAUCAAAAACUUCUCUUAACCCCACAGAACAACUGAUCUAUAUUCACCCAUCAGCCUUAAUUUGAAUGGAUAAUGUUCACAGGUAGACUAUUUCUUUGAAACAGUAUUAUCCUAGCCAAGGUCACCAGGGUGACAAAACUAGGGAAAUAAAGUCUCAGAUUAAAACCAAACUCACAUGUCUUUGUGGCUGCCCAUGCCCACCCCAUUAAAUGUCCAACCAUUCCUUAAGUUUCAACUUAUUCUUUACUCCAUGCUUAAAGUGAGAAUCUUUUCUCGUUUAUAUGAUCCAAUUCAUAAUAGAUAGACUUAAGCUAUUUGAAUUCAGUCUUUAACAACUUGGUCCUGCAAAAGUUGAUUUAUGCUCAUGAUAUCCAUCAUCACACUUGCAAAUAAGCGUUGUUAAUAUCAGUGGAGUCUGACAUAAUUGUUCAUGUGUAUUCUUCUCUUUAAGUGAAACUUUUUUUAUUGAGAACAAUUAUGAACUCUAGUAUAUCACCAAAAAAAAAAAAAAAACAAUGCAAAGAAAUAUUUUCUUGUUUUUAAAGAAGAAUCUUUUAGGUAGACACUUCGUGCCUCUAUUCACUAGCAUCAUGAAUUGAGCAGACAUUGGUUGUCACUGACUUUCCUUCUAAAGUGAGAGUCUCCUAAGCUCUCUAGAUCUCUGCCAGGUAAUCUCUGCCGGGAAAUUUCCACUGCUGUGGCUGUCCAGAUUCCCGUGGUCCCUUAGAGUGGAGCCUGAAGUAAGCUUUUUAUCCUUUUCUUGAAAGAGGCUUCAUUGGGACAGCCAUUUUUAGCUAGUAAGGUAUCCAACAACUUAGGUCCCAACCUCUCUCCUCCACAGAGGCUGAGGAGGAGAGUUAGCCCUGCACGUGACAGUUCAUGUCUCUGUUCACCACACCCACCCCUCUGGUUGUGAGCUGUUGCUUCUUACUCACACAGGAAUCCCUGCACAGCCCCAGCUCCCCUCCCCCAUACUCUCCCCAGUAUCUCCCUUGACUGACUGCAAAACACAAACACGCUGCUUAUGUUGCUUGAUCAUCACAGAUGGUACACACAUAUCAAAAUCCCAUGCUGUUCCUCAUAAAGAUGUUCACGUAGUAUGUGUCCACUGAAAACUCAAGUCAUAAAACUAUACAACCUUCAUACCUUGAUCAAAAUAGAGAGAAGUUUGAAUUUAAAGAGGAUUCAAGGUAACAUUCUUGUACUAAGACACCUUCUGCAGUAGGCCCUUGGGAAAGUUUUAGGCCUGGUGGUGUUACUAGGGCACAGACUCACACAUGAAAGGAUAAUAGCUCCACCAGUCAAUAAGGAGAGCACUCUGCAAGGAUUUGGGUGUCUAAACAGAAUUAGGAGUGAGGGGAUCGCUUUCUUCCUGUGAAGGCGUUGACACGGAGAUUCAGGGUUUCGCUCAGGUUAAAACAUCAUCAGUUAUAAUCAAAGAAACAACAGCUGUCGGGAAAUAUCCCCACACUUGUUAGUAGAGGCACUUGACAUCCACAGACUAGAAACCACACUAGAACAUUAUUGUAUGUCUUCUUCAUAUCCAAUGGGUGACAGAUCCAAUGUCGUCAAGUCAUUCCAUCUUCUCCAUAACUUUGCUUCUUCCUUCAUUUCUUGCUCUCAUCUUCUGCCACAGGAUCUCCAGCACCCUGACUGGCCUGCUUCAUCUGCUCCCCUGGGCCAUCUUUCAUGUUCUGAUGGUGAAUCCUAAGUCCCACAACUUAGCAGGCUAGACUGCUGGUUAAACCAUGGCUCCCCAUGGACUAAACUCCUCAGCCUGAACUAAGAGACCCUUCACAGUCUGAUUUUAUAAGAUGGCUCUAGCUUGUCUCCCGCCAUCAUUGUUCAUUCCAAUCUUGUGAGUUUUCUGUUUCCGAAGCACACCUCACUGAUGUUGUCAAAUUUCAGUCAUUGGCAUACCAACUUCACAUGAUUGCCAUGUGCCUCUUCUUGUAUUAUUAUUUGCAUAUUGUUUUUGAUUGACUGCAUUUUAACUAAAAUAAAGUCAUUUCAAAUAAAA